AUCAUCCCAGUAGAGAGGCUGGUGAAGGGGAGGUUUCAGGAUAACUUUGAGUUCAUCCAAUGGUUUAAGAAGUUUUUUGAUGCCAACUACGACGGGAAGGAGUAUGACCCUGUGACCACACGCCAGGAGGGCACCCCCUCACCCAACCCAGGCCCCCAGAGGACGUCUCCCACGGCGACCAAGACAUUCCACGCCCCCCCGAGGCAGAUACAGUCCGCCCCCAUCCGCAGGGCGACGCCCACCAGAGCGUCAGACGCUGAGAUACUAGAACUGAACCAGCAGAUGUUGGACCUAAAGCUGACAGUGGAUGGUCUUGAGAAGGAGAGAGAUUUCUACUUCAGUAAGCUGAGAGAUAUCGAGCUGAUCUGUCAGGAGAAUGAGACCAACACCAGCCCAACACUCUCCAAGAUCAUGGAUAUACUGUACGCUACUGAGGGCGAGGUUGACCUUCUCAGCCAACUUACCUGAUCAUUAAGGAUGGCUUUGUGGCGGCAGCGGAUGAGGAGGCGCCACGUGGAACAUUCCUCCGCUCUCUCCCAGGAUCAGCGCUUCAAGAUUCUCAUCUCCUACUCCUAUUUUAUUACUCUCCUUCUCAGCCUCCUCCCUCUUCCUCCCGUCCCUCAUUUUCCCUUGUUCCCCCUCCCUCCUCCCCUCCAACCCCUCAGACAUGUCAGGCUAACGCUGUACACUUAAUCUGUAUGGUUGGUGUUAGCAGGAUGCUAGGCUAAUGGCUAGCUCUGAACAGUUCAUCUGUUUGGGAGUGUUAGCAGGAUGCUAGGCUAAUGGCUAAUGUAAAUUAGAUGACAGAGUAGCAGAGCAUGGAUCUAUAGCGCCCUCUAUCUGUAGAGACAGGUAACAACUCACUAAUCUCUGAACCCAUAAAAAUCUGUCAUGAUUGUUUCGGAUGAGGGGAGACUAAACUCCCUCCACAGACUCACUGGUCCAGUUCAGCAUUAGGGUCCAGUACCAUGUACAUAUGAUGCGGGAGAUCGUUGAAGAAUCACUUCGGAAUUGAACGUCGGGAAAUGCCUUCAGAACCGGCCACUGGGGCAACAGUGAGCGUUAUGACCCUCCAGUAGACUUGGGUUUUUACCAUGGCAUUGAGGACAAGGGUGGUAGAUGGGGGUGGUUAACUAACUAAACGUAACCCUUCAUUUAAAAAUGUUGACUUUUGGAGCAAUGGGACAAUAGACAACAGCAGAGUGUCAAAAACAGUGAACUUUGACAUUUGGAUAAAUGCCUAGUUGUGCAGUGAGACAGAGCUUGUUGUAUAUGAUAUAUCAGUCCCUGCAUUAACAAUAUGGACCAGUACCAGUUGACCAGAACCAUCUCAGUCCAUUAGGACUCAACAUAAUUCAUAUCAAGUCGCCCCGUCGUAUCAGAAUGAUCCAGAAACCAACAAUACAGUGUGAUUAGCUGAGGCCAGCAGAGACAGGAAGCAGAGACAGGUCUGUUCAGUAGGGAGCAACAUCCCAGGAUAUUCAGAUAGAACAGCAUUAUACGAGAACAGAACCUCCUCAACAUUCUGCAGGUUUUAAAAUUACCCCUGGUUCUAUUUUUGAUUUAAAUGAGUUAUUUAACGUUACUAAUUUAACAUUAGCUUGGAGUGGCUAACAGGUUAAUGUGAAUCUAUUACCCUGAGAAAGUUUAAUAAAAUGUAUAUGAACAAACACUACUACACUGUAUAUACUAAUGGGUGAAUAUUGAGUAUUGAUUAUUAAUGAAUUGAUUUGAAGUGUUUUUUUUAGCAGCUGUUUUUGAUUUGGAGUUUCUUCUUGUUGGGGGCGGGGCUUAAGUGACUGACAGCUGUCAGCCCCCGGUUGUCAUGGCAGCCCUGUGACUGUCAUGCAUCGUUGGAGUUUUAUUACGGAGGCUGAAUAAACAGUGGGUUCAAAACCA